AUGGUUGAACUUUAUUAAUAUUUUUGGGGGAGUGACAGUAUAAAACUAUUUAUCUGUAAAUUUGAAAAUUCUAGAGCUUGUAGAAACUCAAAUCAUUUUUAAGUUUCGAGUUUGUAAAAUAUAAUUAAAAAGAAACAAUUAUUUUCAUUGAUUUUUGUAUCAAUUUCCAAAAUAAUUAGGUGAUUUCUUGUAAGAGUUGCUUUCUACAUUUGGAGAGGCGUGGAGAAAAUUGCAUUUUAAAUAUAAUUUAUUUUCUAAAUUAUUAAAAAUGAUGGUUGAAUCGGAUGGUACAGCAGACGCAACCAGGCGUUUAAAUGUUAAAAAGCAAACUUUGGAUGAUGCUUACGCAGUACCAGCUAAUUUUCUUGAGAUCGAUGUCGCUAAUCCAUUGACCACAAUGACGGCUGGGAAAAAACGAUACACUGACUACGAAGUUCGGAUGAGGACAAAUUUACCUGUAUUUAAAAUAAAAGAAUCCAGUGUUAGACGCAGAUAUAGUGAUUUUGAAUGGCUUCGAAAUGAAUUAGAACGUGAUAGUAAGAUUGUUGUUCCACCAUUACCUGGAAAAGCAUGGAAAAGGCAAAUGCCCUUCCGUGGAGAUGACGGUAUAUUUGAUGAAAAUUUCAUUGAAGAAAGACGAAAAGGAUUAGAAGCAUUUAUAAAUAAAAUAGCAGGACACCCAUUGGCUCAAAAUGAGAAAUGCUUGCAUAUGUUCUUACAAGAAAAUACAAUUGAUAAAAACUAUGUGCCCGGAAAAAUUCGAAAUACAUAAAAUAAUGGCAAAAUCAAGUUACGUGGUUAUUAUAACUUUCAUUUUUUAUUUUUUCAUUUAUUUUUAUUUCUUCUUAUUUCAUUAUUUUAUCGGUUUUCAAAAUUUUUAAAAUCAUUAAAUUUUAUCUCAAUUGCCUUCAAAUUUAGAAAUUAUUUGAAAUAUAAAUUUUGGUACAACAAAAACUGUAUUUCAAGUUAGAAAAAAAAGAUCUAUAUAAAAUAGAGCUGUGUUAAAAAAGUUAGUCUUACUUUUACUCCAUCAUUAAAUACAUAUUAUUAAUAAAGAAUUACCGUAAAGGUACAAUGUUUUUUUCCACUUAGGUUCAAGAAAAAUUAGAGAAAAAAAGAAAUGCUGUUACUAAUUUUAUACAAACUCAGUGAACAUGUAUUAAAAUACUAAGUGAAACGAUUAAAAUCGUGAAAAUUUUUUGUAAAUUAUUAAUUUUUUUCUUGCAAUUAAGUGAUGAGUAUGCAUUCAAAGAUUAUCAAGUUGAAGUUUGUAUUUACCACAUUUAAUAACUUCAAAUUUUUAUAUUUAAUGUUUUCAGAUUUGAUAAAUAUUUCUUUAAGCAUAUGAGUUGUAUUUAAAAUUUUUAAAACUUUAGACUUUAAUCAGAUUGUCUUUGUAAAAAAAUUCGCUUUUCAAAAAUAUUAUUUAGAGUACAGAUAGUAUAUUAGCUAUUUUGUGAACGAAUAUAUUUUGUUUUACAAAUCAACACAGUUUAAAAAACAAGUUUUAAAGAACAAUUAGAAAAUCUUAGAAUAACAAAAAAGAAAAUUAAAUGAGAAGUUAUAAAUGGGACGCAAUUUUGUACAUAUUUAAAAUAUAAAAAUAAAAUAUAAAUUAUCAUUGUAAAAGUAUAUUAAAUUUAAAUGGAAUUAUUUUGUAAUUAUUCUCUUUUUUUUUUUGUAUAUGAAAUAUAUUUGUUCGCAAAAUUUGUUUUUACAUAUAAAAUAAAUAAAACCAAUAAAAAUUGUAUUCUCAUAAAAUUACCUAUAUAAAUUUUAUAUACGUUUAAAUAUUAUUAUUUUGAAAAUUAUUAUUAUAAAAUAAAUAAUGAAAAACAAAAUCAAAACAUCAUGAAUUCGGUUAAUUAUUUAAAAGUUUAGACAGAUUAUUUAGUUAAAGUUGAGAAAAUAAUAAUAAUAGAAAAAAAAACUUGAAAAAUGUCUGAAAAUUACAACGGUCUAAAUUAUAUUUUGUUCAAAUUUGUUGUAAUACCGAAGACUUAAAAUUAUUUUGUAUAAUCCGAAUUCAUAUUUUGAUAGUUUAAGCUUAAUUUAAAUUUAAUGUAAUAAAAAAAUAUAUCUUUAUUAUUAUCGUGUAAGUUAAUAAAAUAAAGGAAAUAUUUUGGGGAAUAUCAUUAUUAUUAUUAUGUACGA